AUGGCCUACAAAUGUGAGACAGAGUGCCAGCAGUGGACGGAGAGCGGCAGUGAUGAGGACAGUGACACCGAUGAAAUGCUGUGUGGAAUCCAAGAGAGCUACGCCACUGACCUGUACCACCACCCCCAACUGGGAACAGACAUCGAGGCAGUCAGAACUUUGUAUUCAGACUCUGCAGUUUCUGUCAGGGAGUAUGGCUCCAUAGAUGAUGUGGAUGUUGACCUAAACAUCAAUGCCAACUUUUUGGAUGCAGAAGUUGCCAAAGCCUGGAGGGUAAAUCCAUCAGAGCCAAUUGUAAUCCGUCUGCACUUCUCAGUGUCUCAGUAUCUGGAUGGACCUGCACCUACAGUGGAAGUCUUUCAGCCAUCAAACACUGAUCAGUUCAGUGUCGGGAAACAACUGCAGAACAUUCUCACAAUCUUCAUAUCUCAAGAGUGGAAACACUUGACAAAUGAGAGCAUCGUAGUCCGACAGAAGCGCAGACACAGCUGGUUCAGGCCGAGUGGGACCAUGAAGAAGUUUCGUGCGAGGCUCAGCAUCUGGCUACCACAGUCAAAGUCAAAUGGGCUCCAUGAACCAGCUGAGAGGAGUAAAAUCCUUUUACCAGCAAUAAAGCUGAAUCGUUUCACAAAUCGUCAAACUUCCUACGCCAUCAAGAAUCCAACUGGAGAGCUCUUCACGUACACACCCAGUGGAAAGAGGGUGGUGGUCUCAGCGGUCAAAUCAUCAGCACAGCUCAGCACCAAACAGCUGGUGGAGCUGCUCUUCACCUCCAACGCCAUUGGUCACUGUAAGACCACACCAAGCCUGCAGCACGGCUUCUUGAUACAGAUGAUGAGGUACGCCGAGCAGAGAAUCUCAACCCUGAACGAAUACUGCGUUGUUUGUGACGAGCGGCAUGUGUUUCAAAAUGGCCCAAUGCUUAAGCCGGCAGUUUGCACCAGAGAGCUGUGUGUGUUCUCCUUUUAUAAGCUGGGAGUCAUGUCUGGAGCGACGGAAGAGGUUGCCACCGGUGCAGAGGUGAUUGACCUGUUGGUAGCCAUGUGCAAAGCUGCUCUUCAGUCUUCACGCAAGAGCAUCAUAUUUGAGCCGUACCCUUCUGUUGUUGAUCCAUACAACCCCAAAACUCUGGCCUUUAGCCCAAAGAGGAAGAGCUACGACAGGCUGCAGAAAGCUCUGGACAGCGUCUUGUUGAUCAGAAGGAUGGCACAGGGUCCUUAUUCUGAGAUAAAGAAGCAGAUGGACAAGAUAGACCCUCUCGCUCAUCCUUUACUACAGUGGAUUUUAGCGAGCAACAGAUCUCACAUUGUCAAGCUUCCACUGAACAGGCAACUGAAAUUCAUGCACACGCCCCAUCAGUUCCUGCUCAUCAGCAGCCCUCCGUCCAAAGAGGCUCGUUUUCAAACCGCGAGGAAACUUUAUGGCAGCACCUUUGCUUUCCAUGGUUCCCACAUCGAAAACUGGCACUCUAUUUUGAGAAACGGCCUGGUUAAUGCCUCUUACACAAAAUUACAGCUUCAUGGAGCUGCUUAUGGAAAAGGCAUCUAUUUGAGUCCUAUUUCAAGCAUAUCUUUUGGAUAUUCUGAGAUGGGUAAAGGUCAACACAAAAUGCCAACCAAAGAAGAGCUCAUGGAGAAAUACAACCGAAUAAAUAAAAUCAAAGAGGAGCCACUGGGAGAAGGCAGGUUUCUGCAGAGCAGUAACCUAAACUGCAUUGCACUCUGUGAAGUGAUAACUUCAAAAGACCUUCACAAACAUGGGAACAUUUGGGUGUGUCCAACACCCGACCAUGUGUGCACACGUUUCCUCUUUGUGUAUGAAAAUGGUCAGGUGGGAGAGGUCCACAUCAACACUCAGGAAGCCAAAAUCCAGAGAGAAAUUCUACAAGUAAUUGCUUCAAAGCCAUGCUGA